GGAUAGCUGAUGAGAUUUUUGGCCCUGAUAACAAGGACCUAUAUGCUGUAUUUGAGGGAUUGAUCACUCGUAAUGUCCAUUGACAGUGUACGAAGCAGCAACUGUACCUCAAGUUUAUCUUUUCAUGUAGACACCCCUCCAUUUUGGCUCCUCAGAGGCGGCCCUGCCUCUUAGCAUUCGAAUUUUCAUGGAAAAUGUCCCUGACCCUCAACACCCCACUUCCCCAUGCGACAAUGCUGGCGACAUUGCUGCAGAAAAUUCAGAAGGGGAGUUUUUCACCAUUGGACAGAAAAUGCUAUUUUCUGCUCCCUCCUUCCUUUCUGGGGAUGACUUGAGAUCUUUAGGUAUGGAGGUCAAGAAAGUAGAAAAGUCCUCCCUGAAAAGUGAAGUUUCUAAGGAUGACCCAGAAUCAGAAACUAUUUCGCCGACCUCAGAUUCUGAUGCUCAACCUAAUCAAAAAUCUGGUCCUCAAUGGCAUGGGUUCUUCCAUAGAUUGAGAAAAGGACCGACAAAGGGCUUGAAUAGCAUCCAUCCUAGCUUGCCUUCCAUGAAAGGGCUCUCCAAGGUUAAAAGCAGAAACUCAAGAGAGAGCAUGCCAGCACACGAUGACCCAACUUUAGAUACUGGAUUGUAUUGCUUCAAGUCUUACUGGCAGAAUUUCUCCCUUUCCGAGCUUGAAACUGCAACCAACAAUUUCAGCCAUGAGAAUUUGAUUGGGGAGGGAGGUUAUUCAGAAGUUUAUAAAGGACAUUUGGCAGAUGGGCAGCUUGUUGCGAUUAAACGACUGACCAGGGGAUCCCCAGAAGAGAUGACAGCGGACUUCUUAUCUGAGCUCGGGAUUUUAGUCCAUGCCAACCAUCCCAACAUUGCUAAUGUUAUCGGAUAUGGGGUUGAAGGGGGAAUGCACCUUGUUCUUCAUUUGUCUCCCCAUGGGAGCUUAGCAUCUUUGCUUACAGGUGCUAAGGAGAAAUUGGAAUGGGGCAACAGAUUUAAGAUUGCUUUAGGCAUAGCUGAGGGCCUUUCGUAUCUUCAUGAGGGGUGCCAGCGAAGAAUUAUCCAUAGAGACAUCAAGGCUGCUAACAUUUUGCUUAGAGAGGAUUUUGAGCCUCAGGUUUCUGAUUUUGGGCUUGCAAAGUGGCUCCCAGAGCAAUGGACUCAUCUCACAGUAUCACAAUUUGAAGGCACAUUUGGCUACCUUCCUCCCGAGUUUUUCAUGCAUGGCAUGGUAGAUGAGAAAACCGAUGUCUAUGCCUAUGGGGUUGUAUUGUUAGAGAUCAUCACUGGACGCCUAGCUUUGGAUAAGUCACAGAAAAGUCUUGUGAUGUGGGCUAGACCUUUGCUCAUGAAGAAUAGUUUCAGCGAGCUUGUUGAUCCAUCCCUUGCCGGUGUCUACAAUUCAGAGCGGUUGAAUUGUAUGGCCCUGAUUGCUGCUUUGUGCUUACAUGAAUGUUCAACUGAACGGCCUCAAAUGAGCAAGGUUGUAAAGAUGCUAAAAGGUGAGAUCAAAGGUAGUUCAGAGAGGGAAAAGAAGUUCCAAAGAAGGCCCGUCCUCAAGAGGACAUUUUCGGUAGGGGUUUACGAUGCAGAAGAUCAUAGCACAAGCAAGUACUUGAAUGGUAAUCAACCAAUGCAGAUGGCUCUGCAGCUGUGAAAGACUCUGAAAACCAAAGGUUUGAUAGUCAAGAAUGAGUUUGCAUUCUUCCACAGCCCUUCAAAUAUGGGGUGUUGUGUUUUUAUCUAUGUAACAUUCUUGAUGAUGAUCACAAGUGAGGUAUAUGGAAACCAAAAGAGAGUUUAGCACAGAGAUGUAUUUGCAUGCUGCUUUGACAAUGAUGUACAUCUAAAUGCAUUGUUAUUGUUGAAUUGUGGACCAUUAUUUAAAAGUUUAAGCCGUUAGAGAAAGAGAAAGAGAGAGACAACUUAUUUAAAUUUUUAAUACGCUCAUUGACACACUUUUUUUAAGUGGGCUAAACAUGUGCAAAUAUUAUAAAUAUUGGAUGGUGUGAAGCUUUUAAUAUAUGAUUUGUUACUUGU